CUCCCUAACCAAUGAAAUUCUGGAAGGGCCACGUGAUUUGGUAACGUCACGUGAUACGUGAGGGGAGUAAGCAAAGAUGGCGGCCGUAGGAGGGGAGGCAAGUUCUCCGAGCGAAGCUGGCGACGAACUUUUUCAGACAUUUUACACAGAGGUGAAGCAAAUUGAGAAGCGAGACUCUGUACUAACCCCAAAACAGCAGAUAGAAAGAUUACUCAGGCCCGGAUCUUCAUAUUUUAAUCUCAACCCUUUUGAGGUCUUGCAGAUUGAUCCAGACGUAACAGAUGAGGAGAUAAAGAAGCGGUUUCGGCAGCUGUCAAUCCUGGUCCAUCCAGAUAAGAAUCAGGAUGAUCCAGAAAGAGCACAGAAAGCGUUUGAAGCUGUGGACAAGGCAUAUAAAUUACUCCUGGAUCAGGAUCAGAAGAAACGUGCAGUUGAUGUGAUCCAUGCAGGAAGAGAGUAUGUGGAGCACAUGAUGAAGGAGAAGAAGAAACAGCUGAAAAAAGAGGGCAAGUCUACAAUAGUGGAAGAGGACGACCCUGAAAUGUUCAGACAGGCUGUGUACAAACAAACAAUGAAGCUGUUUGCUGAGUUGGAGAUCAAGAGGAAGGAAAGGGAAGCCAAGGAGAUGCAUGAGAGGAAAAGACAAAGGGAGGAAGAGAUUGAGACUCAGGAGAAAGCAAAGCGGGAGAGAGAGUGGCAGAAGAACUUUGAGGAAACAAGGGAUGGACGAGUAGACAGCUGGCGGACUUUUCAGGCUAAAGGCAAGAAGAAAGAGAAGAACCGCACCUUUCUCAAGCCUCCAAAGGUGAAGAUGGAGCAGAGGGAGUGACUAACCUUUUUUGUGGUGGGGGGGGGUUUAUCCUAAUUGUGUAACCUACAAAAACAUCCCAGACCUAGGAGAGCCAGGUCUCCAGAGAGUGUGUAGUGUGUAGUUUUUUUGUUUUUGUUUGUUUUUUUAUUUUCAUUUUCUUUUUUUAAUGUACAUAUUUGUAAAUUGUGACCCGAGUUUCACUCUGAACCGAGUAAUCAGAAAGAUCAAAACAGAAAAGCAGCUUCUGUUAAUAUCACCAUUUCAACCGAAGUUUUUUGUUGUUCUUUUUAUUACUUUGACAAACCCUUGUUUACAGCCAGCCACGUUGUCAUAAUUUACCAAGAAACUGGUUGACUAGACGGUUACAUCAACCCAUUGCAUUCCCGCUUUCUGAUUCUGUGGGAUUUGAUUGUAUCAACUUCUUGUCUCUGUCAGUCAUGUGCUGAGAGGCUCUCAAAUUGAUCUGCUUGUUCCCAUGGCAAUGUUUUUCUGUCUCAAACCAUCUACUGUACUGUCAGUAGCCUCCUUUUUCCCCUCUUCCCGUUUGCUCUGUGGUAGCAGCAGUUGUGUAUUGGGUUUUUGUUUUUUUUAAGUUAUCCCAUCAUAGCUGUUGAAACUGCAUUGCCCCUGCAGGUAUGCAUUUAAUUUCUGUUUUAGUUUAGUCAGAUGACCCUGUGUCAUUUGCACAUGUAAUAAAACAUAAAAUCUUUCUUAA